AUGGAAGCCGAAUAUCACCGCCUAGCGGAAACCAUCCGCGAUCAAGCCAAUAUUUCCCUCAAACCACGCUACAUAGUAGCCAUUGCAGGAAUCCCCGGUUCAGGAAAAACGACCACUGCCGCCGCGGUGGUGAACCAUCUAAACAACGAACCGGAUGUGAAAGCCGCCCUACUCUCGAUGGACGGCUUCCAUCUCUCCCGCUGCGAACUCGACGAACUCCCAAACCCGAAAGAAGCACACAUCCGACGCGGCGCCCCCUGGACCUUCAAUGUAUCCCGGUUCGUGACAUUCAUGCACACACUCCGGCAAUGGGCCGACAACACGCCUCUACCGCAAGACGAAAAAUGGUCAUCUGAACACGUCCUCGGCGCACCAACUUUCGACCACGAAGCGAAAGACCCUGUCGAAGAAGGGAUCACGAUUACGCCCGAUGCGUCUAUCAUCAUUGUCGAAGGAAAUUACCUCCUCCUCGAUGAGCCAGGGUGGCGAGACCUUUCGACUCUCUGCGAUUAUCGCGUCUUCGUCGAAACGGAUCUUCUCGAGGCGCGGGAUCGGACGGCGAAGAGACAUGUUCAGGCGGGCAUUGAGAAGACUCUGGAUGACGGGUAUCGGAGGGUUGAUAGCAACGAUUAUCUUAAUGGGAUUUCGAUACAGGAGAAGUUGAUUGUGCCGGACAUGGUUGUUAAAAGUGUUUCUGUACAUGCGAAUGCAUGA